AUGAUUGGAAAAGGUGGUUUUGGUAAAGUCUACAAAGGCUUCAUUGACAAUGAGUCCAUUGCUGUAGCCAUAAAGCGACGGCAAGCAUCACGUCCCAGCCAAGGACAGACAGAGUUUGCAGCCGAGAUUGAAACACUAACUAAGUUCCGACAUCGUAAUCUAGUCUCUCUUAUUGGCUACUGUGACGAUGACGAUGAGAUGAUUCUUGUUUAUGACUGCAUGUCUAAGGGAACGCUGGCUGAUCACUUACACAAUCAGUCGACACUCUCAUGGAAUGAACGCCUUAAGAUAUGUAUCGGAGCUGGCCGAGGUUUGGACUAUCUUCACUCGGACUCAGAAAAACCUUACAUACAUCGUGAUGUCAAGCCUACUAACAUCCUUUUGGAUGAAAAUUUCACUGCUAAGGUUUCGGAUUUUGGGUUGGCCAAACAUUUAGGACAUGAUAUCUUACAGAGCUAUGUCUUCACAAAGGUUAAGGGUUCAUUUGGGAAUUUCGAUCCAAGUUAUUUUAGCACCGGUGUACUUACAAAGGGAAGCGACACUUAUGCGUUCGGGAUAAUAUUAUCGGAGGUAUUGAGUGGGAGACGCGCGGUUGAGGAAAAGCUUGCAGAGGAUGAGGUGUGUAUGAGCAUAUGGGCUCAAGACAAAAUUCGAAAUGGAAAAGCUGAUCAGAUUGUAGCUUCAAAUUUAAAGGGCGAAAUCUCAGAAAAUUGCCUCAAGACAGUUGUUGGGGUUGUUAAAAGAUGUUUGCAUCCUGAUCCGAAGAAACGACUCACAAUGACUCGUGUCGUGGCACAACUUGAGUUAGCCCUUGAACAGCAGGAGAGGAAAGGGACAACAACACAAAUAUUACAAUUUUGGCCAUUUUGGAAUAGAGUAAUACCAUCUGGAUCAACAUCAAAGUAUCAAAAUAAGGUUGAAGUUGAUAAGCCGUCAAAAGCCAUCCCAGAUGGAAUCCCUUUCAUUCUAUUUGGUGAAGCAAAGGACCUUGAUGCUGAUUAUUUUAGUCUCAAGCGUAAUGAAUUCGCAGGAGUCCUGAAAAAUGGAGAGAAUGCAACAAUUGAAAGGAUCCACUACAUGCCUAAGCAUGAAUUUGAAUUAAGAGCAAAGGAUUCAAAAUUAUUAUCUAUGCUGAAGCAUGAGAAUGUGGUCGAGCUUGUUGAGCAGGUCUUGGCGUAUGAUUUCGCUCCACGAGGGUCCAUGCAUGAUAUUCUUCAUGAACAGCAAGGCAUAGGCUCAAGCUCAAACUCAUAUCCGGCUCUAACAUGGUGUCAAAGAAUCCAAAUCGCUCUUGGGGUCGCAAGGGGAUUAUGGCUAAUAUCAUGGGGAGGGUCUCAUCGUAAGCUACAGAUUCGUCACAAUCAUAACAUUGACGUUUACAACUUUGGUGAGAUCCUCUUUGAGCUCUUGACAGGUAGUAAAAUAACUGGUAACACACGACAAGCAAGGAAGCAUCACGUUGCGUCAUGGCUGGAUCCAGACAAGGUACACGAGACUGUGGAUGGUAGAUUAAAAGGAGACUACCCGCCCGAAGCUGUUAAGGAGAUGGCUCGAGUUGCUCAAUUGUGCCUUCAAGAUAAAGUUCAUUAUUUUCCAGAGAUGAGUGAAGUUGUACGAGAUCUCGAGCUGUGCCUUGGCGAAACACACUGA